GAGUCGGUUCUUGAAUCUGUCUUGAGGUGCUGCUUCAAACUUGUAACAGUCAAAAGACUGGAAUUUAAAUAUUACUGACAUUCUGCUAUUCUUCUAGUCUUUUGGUCCAGUUCUAUUACACCUUCGAUUCCUCAAGCGACGAACAUAAAAUCCAAAAUGGCGGUGAACAGCUUGGACCCAGGCGCGGUGUCAGUACCCGCGUGGGCGGAAAAAAUGGAGGCGUACGGCUCAAACCACACUGUAAUUGACCAAGUGCUUCCUGAAAUGAUGCAUCUGAUUGACCCACAUUGGUAUCAGUUCCCGCCCAUGAAUCCCCUGUGGCACGGCUUAUUGGGUUUCGUGAUUGCAGUUCUUGGUUUCAUAUCGUUAUCCGGAAAUGGAAUGGUCAUCUAUAUUUUCACAACUACAAAGACUCUUAAAACACCUUCAAACUUAUUGGUACUAAACUUGGCGGUUUCUGACUUUCUGAUGAUGACUUGUAUGGCGCCGCCUUUAGUGGUAAACUCCUAUCACGAAACUUGGGUAUUUGGUCCACUGGCUUGUGCGCUUUACGCUGCUGCCGGCUCAUUGUUUGGGACUAUUUCAAUUUGGACGAUGACCAUGAUCGCUUUUGAUCGAUACAACGUAAUCGUUAAGGGCAUUGCAGCUAAGCCCAUGACUAACAAUGGAGCUCUGCUGCGUAUUUUAGCUAUUUGGGUCUCGUCAUUAGCUUGGACUCUUGCACCAAUGUUUGGAUGGAAUAGGUAUGUCCCGGAAGGCAACAUGACCGCCUGCGGAACUGAUUAUCUCAACAAGGAUUGGUUCAGUCGAAGCUAUAUUGUGGCUUAUUCUAUCUUCUGCUACUUCACACCUUUGGCCCUUAUCAUAUACUCCUAUUUCUUCAUUAUUCAGGCAGUAGCAGCUCACGAAAGGGCGAUGAGGGAGCAAGCAAAGAAGAUGAAUGUGGCUUCUCUUAGGUCAUCAGAAGCGGCUAAUACUAGCGCUGAGUGCAAACUGGCUAAGGUCGCUCUGAUGACAAUUUCAUUGUGGUUCAUGGCGUGGACACCGUAUUUGGUAAUUAAUUUCACGGGUAUCUUUGAGACAGCUACAAUCAGUCCUCUGGGUACAAUUUGGGGCUCGGUCUUUGCCAAGGCCAACGCUGUUUAUAAUCCCAUUGUUUACGGUAUCAGUCAUCCGAAAUACAGAGCAGCUUUGUACCAGAGAUUCCCAACACUGGCGUGUCAGCCAGCGGCGGAUGACAACACGUCGCAUGUGUCCGGUAAAACUGCAAUCUGUGAAGAAAAACCAUCCGCUUGAUAUCUACAAAAAUUUGACUAUGACGACGACAAUGAAUUACGAAGAAACGUGGUCGAGCUUUAAAAAUAUAUGCAGGAAAAUUAUAUAAUUAUAUUUCUAUUAAAAUUAUAUGUAAAAUAAACUAAAUAUUUAAAUAAUGUAGUAACUAAUAAUAUAACGGAUUAUUAGCAAUUUGUACAUAUUUUGUUAUCCUGUAUAAAAUAUUUAUUUUAUGUUAGAUUUAGAACAACUAAAUGGUUUUAAAUCGUAUAAAAAUUCUCAUUGAAAUUUAAUAGUAACGUUUUGGUUUUCUGCGUUUAUAUUUUCAAGUAUAUUCUUGUUUUAUACAAUAUAUGUUAGCCUGCGGGAAUAAAAAUAUGAAAAAAUAUACAUAGCACGAAUAUCGUUUGGUCUAGCUUUUAUUGUAUAACGUUAUAUUAUUUCAGCGUUUAAAAUAUACAAGCAAAGUGGUAAUAAAAAGACG